AUGCACAGACCCGCCAUGUGUACAAAGAAAUAUCACGAGAAUGAACCGCUUGAUUAUUAUUGUCAAGACUGUAGCAUUUGUAUUUGCCACAAGUGCAGUAUAGUAAGUCAUAAUCGACAUUAUUUAGUAGACUUACAGGAGGCUGCCGAAGAACAAAAGAUGCAAAUGACGCAAGUCUUUGCCAGAGUUAAGGAAAAACUUGUUAUCGUGGAGUCAAAGAUAUCGGAGCAAACUGAACUUAUGAAAAAAAGCGAAGAUGAAAUCUGCGCCGCUGAAAGGAAGGUUACGAAAACUGUGCAAGAAAUUAUUCGAAUUGAGAAGGAACAUGAAACGGCUUUAAAAACUAAGCUGGCAGAAAUUAAAAUCAAGCAACAAAGGAAUUACGCAGCAGAAAUAGGAAAUGUUCAGUUACUCGCGGCUCAGCUAAAGAGUUCUGUCGAAUAUGGUGAAAAUAUCGUACAACGAAGCAUCGGUCCUGAAAUUCUGCAAGCAGGACAUGCUGUGCUUGGUCGGUGCGAGGAACUUUUAACCACACAAGAUAUUGAAGUAUGUACACCUCAACAUGUAGUCUAUUGUGUAAAUGUGGAAGCUAUAAAUAAUCUUAGGGGCUUGGUUCCGGGUCAAGUAUUCGAGACGAACACGGAUCCUUCACAAUCAUCGGCAAAAGGAAGAGGUUUAACCAAGGCAGAAGCAGGCACUGAAACUAGCUUUAAAGUAACAACGCGUGAUUCAAAGGGAAGUCAACGGCUAAGUAACCCUCGUUUUACCCCACUCCUCCCCCUCAAGCAGACUUCCUGUUUAACUCUGAAUUCUCAUUGUCUAGAUCUCCUUGUGAUAUUUACAUUAGUUAUACCGUGGUGAUAAAUUAACUUAACAACAAUUAAAUUAACAACAAUCAAUCAAACUGUACUCUGACACUAGAUACUCAUUACCGGUGUGGAUAUUUGUCGUCUAGAGGGCUGAUGAGAGACUCACACGGGGGAUGAUGAUGAUAUGAUACAAAGAAACUGCAAAUGAAAACAGAAAAACGCCGAUAAAAAUAGAAAACGCCAAUAAAAAUUAAAAACGCCAAGAAAAAUAGAAAACGCAAAUGAUGCAUGUCCGUCGUCCGGUGCUCUAGAGUUGCUAAACUCAUGACGAUGUCAUGUAAAUUGCUUAAUUAACAAGGCGAGAAUGAAUUGGUUUUCAUAUCCAAGUUGAAAAUAAUGCUCUAUGCAUCGUCUUAACUCCUUUCCAUCUAUGCAACAUCAGAUCAGAAACUUGACACACUGGAUUGAAACUGCAGACUAGGAACCAGCCCUUCGUUUUUUUUACUUUAUUUUUUUAUGGGGGGGAGGGGGGGUGUUCCGUUUUAAUUUGUUUUCUUUUUUAUUUGCGUUCUCUAAUUUCGCGGCACGAAGCUCCAAAUUGCAAUGCCGUCCUAAUUAUCGAGAUAACGCAUACCUUCUCGAGAUUACCGAGGUUAGGUGAUGCCACUCGAAAACUUUUGCAAAGUUCACUGAAUUUCUUUGCGUGGAAAUUAACUUCAGUUGUUCAUUUUAUCUUCACAAUUAAAAUUAAAAAACACUACGAACCAUAGGUUCCAUUUGUCCCGUCUGACUCUUAUUUAAAAAGGAAAAUAAUAAUAAUAAUAAUAAUAAUAAUCUUUAUUUCUUAAGAUAAAAUCACAUAUCCUAAGUUACAAUAUAAACUAAAAAAGAAAACUAUUUACAUAUCAUAUCGAAAAAUUAUUCUGUUACUAAAAACGUUCUUAAACCUGCCAGUGUAGAUUCUAGGGACAGAGACUGACGUAUUUCUAAGAUUGUACCUCAUGUUCUUUUCCUUAGGUAAAAACUGGAAGAACGGGCAUUCCGGGUCAUUCGAUCUUUUUUUGUAGAGGGUCUUGUCCGCCUUCUCAAACAAAUCCCUGAUAUUUACAUUCUUGGACAUAACCUUUUUUUUCAUACACCGGUCUAAAAAAUUCUGUAUUAAUCUAAGGCACCAUAGAUCGGCAGAGCGUAAGAAAAAUUUGGUAAAACUAUUGCGUUAAAAAGGUGAUCUACUUCCUCCUGGGGCAUUCCUUCCUUACGUUAAGAUCCUAAUACGAAUAAUGACUUGUUCGCCUUAAUUACCUUCGCGCGCACGUGACUACUGUAUUUACAAUUUUGUUGGAAGGUAACACCUAAUAUGGACAACUCUGCGCACUGCAGUAUAUUACUAACUGGCGCAAUGUCCUGACUGAAACCUUUCUUACGGAAAAUAAUCUCCUUGCAUUUUGUUGGAUUGCAUGUCAUGCGAUUGCGGCUGGACCAGCUAAGAAACUGAUCCACCAAGUCAGUGCGACACUGGCCGUUUCCCCAAAAAGGGACGAUAAUUGUAGAAUCAUCAGCAUAUUUAAACAAGGCUGGGCGACCUUCUAGAUUGAUCUCCAAGUCAUUAAUAAACACGUUAAAAAGAUAUGGCCCACUGACACUACCUUGUGUCGAUCAGGUGUUAUGUGGUAGUACUGAUUUCUCUACCAUUGGAGUUAUCAGAUUGAUGUUCUUCAGUUAAAAUGGGAUAAUCUGGAAUAACUGACUGCAAACAUGUCUCACUAGCAGGUGACCUGUGUAUAUUAAAAGGGUCUUCUACUUCUUAAUUUGAAGUUCUGUUCUAUUAUAAGGAGCAUCUACAGAGCUGUUCAAUUUUGAAUUCUCAAGAAAAUAGGCAUCACAAGGUUGUCCCAUAAUAACUAGAUUUUCAAAUGUACUCUCUAAAUGAUUAUUAACAGUAAUUGUUAGUAAGUUGGUGUCAUCAUUAUUAGCCUGUGUCAUAUUUGUCAGUUCUACACCAAUGUUUGAACAAUCAGUUUGAAUAUCUUUGUAUAAAGGAUUACUGGCUUUUAACCAGUUGAGUGCUGACAUUAUGAACUCUGGUCUAACAGCUUCAAAAUAAACAUGUACUCCUCUGAAAUGAAGUUUUCUUUUUAACUUAAUGACAAUUAUACCGGACAUUUCUGAAGGACAAGGCAAGAUGUUGCAUUUUUGAUUAAAAUUUACUGGCACAUUACAUAUAGAACCUUUAAUUUUCCUCUGUUAUCCUUUUGGCUUAACAAUUGUUUUCCAAAUACAAUGCACUGAGCUAUUAUUUGUUCUAGUUUGUUGGGAUGUUAUCUACAAAUAAGUUGUUUACUCUUGCUUGACAUGGAAGACUACCUUGAUUGACUUUAGCGUGACAAGUCUUACAGAUACCCUCUUUUCCAUCAAAUGACAAUAGUAUAUUGAAAAUGAGAAGGGUAACUAGUUGUAUUGAGUUUUAAGACAGAUUUUUUAUACAUUGUUCUGUUACAUAUACAACAAAUACAAUAUGGGCCUUCCUUGAUUUUUCUCUUCUUAAACUCUUCAAUACACAAAUCUACAGUUUCAUUCUUACAAAUACAAUAUUUUUGUUGUGUCUCUCAAGUACUUCUUGUUUUGUAGCAGCAUCCAUUGUUUUGCAUUCUUGUGCUUUUUUGUUUAACAACUCUUGAUUCUAUCAGAAUCCAUAGUUUUAUAUUGUUGUGCCAUUAUCUUUAGCAGGUCUUGUUAUUUUGGGACAGUUUUUUCUGCAAUUCCUGUCUAUUUUUCAUAUCUCAAACUUGUUUUUUCUCCAAAAUCUUUUUUCUUUGGUGGCUGCACUGCUUUAUGGUAUUGCCCUUGCGAACUGAAUUCCCAGUUUUCUGGGAAUUCCUAGGAAUUCUCAAAAUAACUUAAAGAUCAUGAAAUUUGCUAUUCAAACUAAGUUUUAGUAAAUCUCUACAUUAAUAUGGAUUUUCUCGUGAAUCAGCAGUCAAUUAUGUUAAAUGGAAAUUGCCAAUUAAUCCAAUGUACUCAUAUCACAGAUUUGCUUUCUAACCUCAAAGGACUCUUGGAUUCCAUGAUCAUAAAAUGUUUUUAUUGUGAUGCAAAUUAAUGUCUCAUGUUCACUGAUGUGCCAAAAUCAUCAAACAUUCAUUAGCUGUUCCUUGGUACAGAACUUCCACAAUAAUUACAUUGACAUGAAUGAAAGUGAUCCUCGCAGUAAUGUGCACUUUAAUAAUUACAUUGUUAUCUACACUUGCAGAACUUUGUUCGUUAUGAACAUAAGUUACUUCCCUAACCUACAUUACUGGUUGCCUUUGUUAGAAAACCUUGGAACGGUCAAGCUCAGUUGCCUCAAACACAGUCAGAGACUUUUUGUUGACAUUAUUUUUAGUAGAAAUUUCAUGCCUUAGACAAACAAAUUCAACACCUAAUUAAUCUUUCCUUUUUUCAUGAUUGUUGUUGCUGUAUUUUUUUUCUUCAGUUUUUUGCUCUGUUUUCGUGACUAAUUGCUGUAAUUUGUUUUGCUGUUUUUAUUCUUACAAAACAUUUUUGUCAGAGUUCCAAUACUUGUGGAUCAUCCACACACUUUGCAAACAUUUGGCAUGCAGACAAGACAGAGGUAGUCAAUGUUCCCUUUGAGAAAGAACACCUUUUAAAUGACGUCUUCAAUUUACUUUAAACUCUGAUCUGAAAAUAUUUGUCAACAAGACUUGUUAGUAGUGAGAAGAACAAACCAAGUUUCCUUUCAUAACUUAAUUUCUUAAAUGUCCCAAUCACUGGAUCUCCCAAAAAAUAUCACAUCUUUUUAUUUUUGGUGCAAAAUACAAGUUCUUCUUUAUAUAAAAAUGAAAAGCGCAAGUCACACUUCAAUAACAACAGCUCUAAAGUUUACUUGAUGUUCUUCUCUGUCUGUCAGCUAUCAACAAAAUUGUUUUAUACUUCGGACAGUGCAUAACUAUUUGUGGACCAGAGUUCAAACGCACCUCUGUAAUCGCAUAUAGUUACUUCUGUCUCUUGUACAAAUGUUUCUCCUUUGUAAGACGCACUCUACUCUGUUGUCACCACUGCUUUAAGUUCAGUGGAAAAGACUGACUGAGGAAUCGAGAUGGCGGUGUUGGAACGUGUUGCUGAACGCUUGCUACGGUCAAGCUUUGUAGAUUUAGGUACUGGUACACUGGGAUCAUCUAUGUGUCUCUUAUACUUCCUAAUGUGGUAUCCUUCUUUUAUAAAUAUGAGGGUAAAAGACGAUUUGUAGUUGCAUUCAAAACUGUGAUUGGCUUGUGUUAUUUCUCACCUUUGCCAUGAACACAACUCAAGUGAGCUUCGAGUCUUUGUUCCCUCUACAAAUUUCGGCCACAAAUCGCGUAUUUCUAGUACGAUCGAUUCUUGUCGAUUAUUUCUACAUAGAGUGAGCUCACAUCAUUAUUCAUUCACAUCACCAAGGUAUCCGUCGUCUAGAAGCAGAGGACUAGUCGGAGAAGUCAGAAUAAAGGUGUGCGCUUCUGUUAAGACUGCAAUUGGCAAGCCAGCGGAUUCACUUUGCUAGCCAAUGACAACUCCUAAAAGAUCCACGUGAUCAUGCCCGUGAUCGGAAACAAACAAGACUCCAUUUAGCACUUAUCUUUGAUUGUACUUUUCAUCGGUUGAUUGCUCGUGCGUUAAGUUGUUUCUUUUCUCAACUGUUUUGCUCAAUAUAACAUUUCUAAAGAUAGCUUUUAUUGUGGUUCAAUGGGAAAAUGAGAACAGCGUGAGUGUUGUAAAAGAAAAGAAAGUCGUUGGCGCCGUGGAGUUAAAAGAAGGGACAACAGUUGACAUAUUGACUGGUACAAACAAGGGUCGAGUGGCCAUCUGUAAAGCUACGAUUUUGAAAGUUUGUGGUGAGUAAAAAUUGCGAUAUUCGUUACGUGAUCAAAAUCUUAUAAAAUAAUAAAUGUAACGGGUUGAAUUAAGCGUACAUAAGUCGCUCGGCGCAACUGAAACUAGAAUAAUUCUGAGAAUCGAAUCGGUCACUUGCAUGCCGCAGUUUCUUAAGCCUAUGCUUUACAAUGAAAUAAAUCUAUCAGUAAGGUUUCAAGAUUCCUUUAGUCACGUUUGGGAACAUUCAAGAUUCAUAAUAGGAACUGUUAUUAAACAAACCUUAUCACAUAAAGAAGCCCUCCUUGGUAAAAACAAAAUAAUGUAUUCAGCCCUCUUUUAGUAAAAUCUAUGGGAGAGAUGUACUAACUCCAAUAUAAAAGUCACUCAAUAUAACAGAGAUUUCUCAAUUUGAGAAUCCAAUGAAUGCCCUUUUCCUUAUAGCCAUCUUAAAGGCCUGGUCUGAGCUUAAUAUAUAUAUUUACAUAUAUUUAUAUAUAUUUAUAUAUAUUUAUAUAUAUUUAAUAUAUAUAUAUUUACAUAUAGUAUAUUUUUUUCAAAUUUAGAUGUCAUGUCAUCCAGAUACAAAAUGGUCAAGCUUCUUGUAGACAACCUCAUUUAAGGCCAACUCAUUGUGAGCCCAGGAAAAAAAUACAAACAGCAGCUAAGUUUGCAGUUUAGGAUAACUUCAUUCUAAUUUAUUGUUACAGUUACAACAAGAUUUUAAUCAAAAAAUCAAUUUUAUUUGUCUGUAAUUAACCCCUUCACUCCCAAGAGUGCUUGGUUUUCAAAUAUAAUUUAAGAUAUUGUAUUUUAUGGAAAAGAAUCAACAGAUUUUAUUCACAAUUUGUGUCAAACCAAAUUUAAUGAUUGAUUAGGACUAUUUUAUAUGAAUAGCUGUAAUUGAGGAUUAAUCCGUAUGAAGUUUUCAAGAAAAGAAAAAUAAAUCAAAUUCCAUCCUAAUAUUACCACACAUUGAUGUUAAUAAUUAAUCAAAAAUAUUUUACAUGUAAGCCUUAAUUAAGCUUUUAAAUAAAUUUCAUUGAGUACUUGAAUUUUAGCUGGGUUUUUUUUAUUUAAAGUAUUUAUUUGAUAUCAUUAGCCUCUAAAAUUCCCAGUAAUUCUUAAACAUUCCUAAAAAUUCCCAAAAAUUCCCAGAAAUUCCUAGGAGUUUUUUAGAUUUACAGCUUUUCAGGGGAAGUCAUUAGUUCUCUGAGUUGGAAUUCCUAGGAAUUCCUAGGAAUUCCAAGUCCUGUUGGCUAUAAACUUGGAAUUUCUAGGUUUUUAGAACCAGAGUUGUUAUGGUUGGGAAUUCCUAGGAAUUCAUAGGAAUUCCCAGUCCAAAUUUACCGUGAAAAUUCACACCUUUAUUCCUAGGAAAAUCCUAGGAAUUCUUAGGAAUUCCAAAAGCCAUUUCGCAAGGGUGUUUUUGUCUAUGGUUAUUCAUUAUUUUUUUCCCUUUCCUUUCUGUCAACCACUUUCCAUGAACAUAUAUCAAAUUGAGAAUCAUAUUUCUCUUGUAUUUUUCUAAUGGUAUCAACAAGUGUAGCCAUUCCAUUUGAUGAGUAGCACAGUCACAUAGCCAUUUGCUGUAACAUAGUUCAAAAAUAACUAUUUUUUUAUUUUUUCACUUUUUAUCACUUUUUGACUUUAAUUUUGAUCAAAAUGUACAUUGUAAUCAAUAUCUGUAAAUAUUUUUAUUAUUUUGCAUUAAUAACACUAAUUUUGGUAUUACCCACAAUCCCUUGUGGGAGUGGCACAUUUUUGGUUUUUCAUAAAAUCUUAAGAAAAUCAAUGUAAAAAUGGAAAAAAAGAGGUUUUGUAAUUAUUAGUUCACAUUGAAGCAAUGAUUUCCUCAUUUUCUUUUAAAGGGAGUUUGUAAAUAGACUUUCGUUCUCUCUUUCUGACUGGUAGGUCACCGCAAAUGUGACGGACAGUAGCAGCAUGUACAAACGCUUUCCGUUUUUCGUCAAUUGUGAAGGUCAUGUCAUGAAUGUUCUCCCUUAUGUAAAAGUGCCCCUUAAGAACUCUGUCUCCUCUGUAAUAAUGACACUGAUAGUCAUCUGUGAUAUUACUGUCAAGUUCUUCAACUCCAUCAGAAGUGACCUGAAGGAGAUAGAAGUCGUAGACAGGAUCAUCUUCAGCGGCUAUCGCAACUGUACUUCCCUUGCUGGCCAGGUCAGCUAUGUAGGAAGCAGUAUCAUGGUCUAAAAUUGGUGCUUCAGUUUUGGUGGUGUUUUUCGCCAUAUUCCUUCGUCACUUUCCUUCGUUACGGUUCAUGAACACGGAAACAAUGGCGGAAAUUGUUUCUGCGUCGACCAAACGUAAAUUUCUAGCGUUAGAUCUAACGAAAUGGGUUGAAACGUUCUGUAAAUUUAGCUUAAUACAAGCCCAUUCCAGGAGAGGUGAGCUUGUUUACUCAACUUAACAAGAAUCGCGUCUGACAACGGAUCUACUGGUGGAUAUGUGAUGGAAUUAAGCUCAAUAUGGCCGUUACGAAAUGUGUUUCUGCGCGUUUUAUUUUGAUCUGGAAAACAUUCUACUUGACGAUUCAACUUCAGCGUUGGUUUGUAAAUAUUAUGAUGUAUGCCCAUUACAUUUUUGUUAUUAGUUUGUUGCUUACACAGUUGAAAUUAUCAUUAUUGCUAGUUUUGCACACUAUGGUUGUUUUAAUAGUUGCGAGCGUUACAUUGUUCAGUGAUAAAAACAGACGUUUAUAACUUGCAUUAGAAUAAACCAUUCUUGUUGCAAAUCAUACUGCUUGUUGCUUUUGUCAUAAACUACUAACGGCCAAAAAAUAGUGGCCCCAUGUGCGUUCUAUAUUGAGAUAUUUCAUUUUUUUCUUCCGUCUGAUACAUUUCAUGUUACGCGUUACACCCAGAAAUUCACGCAUUUUCAGGAAAAAUUUAUUUUUUACAAUUUUCACUUUGUCGCAAACCUUGUUUUCUUUACACCAAAAUGAAGUAGGAUAACUAAGCUUAUAUUGUGGAAAGUGUGAGAUUUAGAGGUUAAACCUUCCCGAAGAUAUUCGUUAGCAAAGGCACUUGAGUCCAAAAUGGCGGCGUGACUGUGCUACUCAUCUUUCUGUUUCUAGUGUAUUGAAUAGGGGACAUGUCUCUUUCAUUAUAAAGCAUGAGGGAAUGCAUAUAUUUCAAUCCUUUAUUUUUGUGGGUUUAAAGGUACAACUGAUGCAAUAAGAGAAAAACAAUAUCAAAAACUCUGUGCAUUCAAUGUUAUUCAUUGUAUCAUUCUCAAGAAUUGACUUACUUUGAAGUGAAUCAGUUAAUAGUCCUUCAGUUUAAAACAAAUCAUCUAAAUUUACUACAGUUCCACAAACAUCUACAGUUCUUGGAAAGAUUAGCUGUGUUCUAACCUUGAUUUAUAACACAUUUUUUUUUUGCCACUGUCACCAAUGGUGGGUAAGGAUGAGUUGUAAUUCCAGUAUUUACAUGGUUUCACCAUAGAGUAGUAAAGAGAGUAUAGAGCUAUAGCACAACUUAGAUUGAAGUUUGUGGUUCAUUCACACUGUGUUGAGAAACCAUUCUAUUUUGAAUAUUCUCAAUUUGUACUCCUCACUUCAAAUAUAUCAUUGUUAAGUAUACUCUGAAAAAUGAUGCACAAAACUAUCAAGGGACAGUACUUUGAGAAGAAGACUUGUACUUUGAGGCUGCCCUCUACCAUAAAAAUCACAAGAAUCAACUAUUUUGAACCCCAAAUCACUAUUACAAUAGGUUGUAACAGCAAUACACCUCAGUGUUAUUAUGUAAUAGGUGUUGUUUUCAGAUAUGUGCAACUCAAAGGCUCUUCAUAAAGAGGGACAGUACUGAUCUCCCUCUACUGUAGUUUCUUGGUGAACAGUACCAGAGUAGCUUUCACUGUAUUCCUGUUGAUAAUCAGUGUCAAACACAUGUAAUGCUGUUGGUAAUUCUGACUGCAUUAUAAAUGCCUGUCUGGUUAAUUGUGACAAACUUGAAUAAAAUAGAUUCCUAUAUUUAUUAUUUGCGCAGGAUCAUUCGCAGUCAGCUGACUCCCCUAUGUGAUAUUGUAAUAAAAGCAAAGAGCACAAACUCAUUGCAACACACUGUUGUCCUACAUUCUGUCCUAAGACUAACUCAUUAUCUUGACUAUAGAGAGCUGCUAUUGUUUUGCUAGGGUCAACAUAUAUUGGAGGACCAGGAUUUUUUUCUAUGUCUCUAUCUCAGUAUAGUUGCAAUAAUUUGCUACAUGAGCCUCACUCUUGCACGUGAACAUAUCAGUUUGUUACAAGAAAACAAUGUUAAAUAUCGACUGGCACGAUAUUUAAUCUUUCUUAUACUUUGACGAAUUCUUUCACGACAGUUCAACUAAAACGUCGUUUUAUUUAAUAGUUUUUUUUUCAUUUACAUAACAGUACAAUGUAGAUGACAUGGGUAUAUAUGAAAGAAUACGUGCAUAUACAAAUUCUCUUGUUCCUACUUUUCAAACUUCGUAUUGGUAUUCUGCUUGGUUCACGAUCACGUCUACAAACACGAUGUGAUUUGCGUUCAUGCUUCUCUCGAUUGACAUUAGAUGGUUCAUUUAAUAUAGCAUGUUUCUCGAUGAAAGGUUCACUCGUAAAGAGAUCUCUCACAAGGUUCGCGGGCCGACCCGUUCCGAAAACGCUCGAAAUCCUUUAGUGUGGGUCAACCGCGAACGCUGUGUGCAUAUUUUGCAUGCAUUUUCAGCGUAUUAUACACAGUAUCUAUGCUGAUUUUGCACCCCAAAUGCUCCUCUUCUUUAGCCAUUACACUAUGCGUUCAAAAGUUCGCGCAUGCGUUCAAAAGUUCGCGCAUGCGUGUUAAGAAUUUAAUUGCUGUUUGCAGCUGAACAAAAGGAAGAACGAAGCCGGAACCCGAGUUAUAACACAUUGAAACUCUUCAAAGCUAGAUAUGGAUGUGCAACAACUGUUUACAAAUCUCAAGAAGGAAGCCGAGUGUCCGCUGUGUCUAGAAACAGUCAAAGAUCCCAAGACUCUACCAUGUCUACACUCAUUCUGUCUGCAGUGUAUCGACAAGCACGCAGGAUAUGCAAAGAGAAAGUUAGAAACGACGAUCAAAUGUCCAGUUUGUCAAGCUUGCUUUCAGAUCCCCGAAGGAGACACGUUUGGCAGCCUUCCCACAUCUUUUCAUCUCAACCGAUUGGUGGAUCUCCUUGCUUUGAGAGAUGGCAGCCAAGAGGCUCAGAGAUGCAGCAGUUGUGAAGAAAACAACACGGCCACUUGCUACUGCUUUGUUUGCCAGAACUUUCUUUGCAAGGAUUGUUUUGAUGCUCAUCAGCUCCUGAAGGCCACGAGAGGUCAUCACAAUGUUUUGAUCGAAAACUUGCAAGCGCAAGAUGUGGAGGAGUUGAUGCACAGACCCGCCAUGUGUACAAAGAAAUAUCACGAGAAUGAACCGCUUGAUUAUUAUUGUCGAGACUGUAGCGUUUGUAUUUGCUACAAGUGCAGUAUAGUAAGUCAUAAUCGACAUACUUUAGUAGACUUACAGGAGGCUGCCGAAGAACAAAAGAUGCAAAUGACGCAAGUCUUUGCCAGAGUUAAGGAAAAACUUGUUACUGUGGAGUCAAAGAUAUCGGAGAAAACUGAAAUGAUGAAACAAAGCGAAGAAGAAAUCUGCGCCGCUGAAAAGAAGGUUACGAAAACUGUGCAAGAAAUAAUUCGAAUUGCGAAGGAACAUGAAACGGCUGUAAAAACUAAGCUGGCAGAAAUUAGAGUCACGCAACAAAGAAUGUACGCAGAAAGUGAUCAGUUACUCGCGGCUCAGCUAAAGAGUUCUGUCGAAUGUGGCGAAGGUAUCGUACAACGAAGCAUCGGUCCUGAAAUUUUGCAAGCAGGACAUGCUGUACUUGGUCGAUGCGAGGAACUUUUAACCACACAGGAUAUUGAAGUAUGUACACCUCAACAUGUAGUCUGUUGUGUAAAUGUGGAAGCUAUAAAUAAUCUUAGGGGCUUGGUUCCGGGUCAAGUAUUCGAGACGAACACGGAUCCUUCACAAUCAUCAGCAAAAGGAAGAGGUUUAACCAAGGUAGAAGUAGGCACUGAAACUAGCUUUAGAGUAACAACGCGAGAUUCAAAGGGAAGUCAAUGUUAUGAUGAACAAGACCAACUGACCGUAAUAGUCCGCUCUCAAAAAGGAGAAGAGGAGGAAACCAAAAUUAAUGACUGUAAGAAUGGAACCUACGUAGUGCGUUACAAGUCAAAGAGUGUUGGCUUACGUGACAUUUAUGUUGAGGUUAAUGGCCAACCGCUGACUGGUAGUCCCUGGAGAGUUCAGGCGAUUGGUCAUCAAUACAAAGCUAUUCGUUCAUUUGGAUCACGUGGGACAGGACCGGGACAGUUUAAAAGACCAGGUAGUAUUGCAGUGAAUAAAAGAAAUGGAAAGAUUGCCAUAGCAGAUUAUUUUAAUCGUAGAGUUCAGUUGUUUGAUCGUGAAUGUAAAUAUCUGAGAACAAUAGUAGGCAAGGGGCGUGAUGCUGAGAGAAUCAAGUUUCCACUUUCGGUGGAAUUUACAACAUCUGAUGAAGUCAUCAUCAUUCAUGGAGAACUUUUUAUAUCGAGUAAGAUGUUUUUGUUCACUGAAAAGGGCAAGUUUAUUAAAGCCAUCGGUCAACAUUUGAGUUUUCCUCGGUCCGUAUCUGUCAGAGAUGAUGGUCACAUGAUCGUGUGUGACUGGGCCGACAACUCAGUCAAAGUCCUCUCCCCUGACGGUACAGAAUUAGUACAGUCCUUCAAAGGACCACACAGUUUUCGUUCCCCGACUUCUGCUGUUUAUCACGAGGAAAAGUUUUUUGUCUUAUAUGAGACAUAUGGUAAAGUGUUCAACAACGAAGGACUUUAUCUGUAUGAUAUUGGCUAUGAGGAACCUUGUGAUGUACAAGUCAUUUCUUUGGAAUUCACUAUUGACGCGUGUAACAACCUGAUCGUGUGCGAUACUAGGGAUGAAAGACUUCAUUUGUUUUCUUUGGACGGAAAAUUUGUUUACUCGUUUAACAUUGAAGAAAUUAAAUCUCCCUCCUCUGUCGCUGCUUUUGAAGAUAAUAAGUUAUUGGUUUGCGAUGGAAAAAAGCAUGUAGUCCAUGUUUUGCAGUAG